AUGACACAUGUAUGUACUUGUACAAAAAUUAGGUCGUGGCUCGACAGGCGCUCGGCGAGCUCUCGAAGCAAAUCACCAGCAUCGAGUCGUCCUUAUCAGGAGCUGCCGGCUAUCGAUGAGAGUCGAGCUGAAGACUUGCGAGGGCAGCGACAACUUCUACAAAAGGAGGUGGAGGAAUUAAGAGAGCAGUGUCGGAUGGCGGAAAAGUUUGCUGAAACUGAAGGUGCACUUGAAAGAAAGAACGCACAAAGGGAAGAAGUAAGGCAAGAAUUGGACGCAUUGAUUGAGAAGCACUCUAACACCUUAACUCUCGAGUUCGGAAGCGUUCCCGAUGGCCCUUGGAGGUACGUAUGUGUUUUUUUGCUACGUUUAUGA